CUCGUCAUCUUGCUCACUGGAUUAGGAGGCUGUAAAGGACGGCGGGAAUCUGAGCUAGAUACUGUGGGAGAGAGCCGAUCGGAGAAGGAGUGGCUGGAGGUGAUUUGCUGUCUUAGCAUAUCCACUGGACUGGAAUCUUCACAAUUAGACUUCAGACUGAAGCUUAGAACCAGUCAUGGCGCUGGGCGAGAAGACCGGCAUGGAAGACUCGGCACACGCCAACAAAGUCAACUUUUCGAAAGACCCGGAGGGCCAGAUGGAACUCGACGAUAAGCAGACCGUGCCAGAAUAUGUUGGCAAGGGCGAGUGGUACCACAUCGGCUACCACAUGACCGCGGCUGUGGCCUCUGUGCCCACCCUUGGCCUGCCCUUUGCUGUGUCUCUCCUCGGCUGGGGUGGAGGCCUGGUUGCGCUGAUUGCUGGGGGCCUGGUGACCAUGUUCACCUCCUUCCUGGUCUCUAGCAUGCUUGAGUAUGGCGGCAAACGCCACAUCCGCUUCCGCGACCUGUCUGUUGCUGUCUUUGGCAAGUCCGGCUGGUGGGCUGUGACCCCCUUCCAAUUCGCGGUUUGCAUCGGGACCACCAUUGCCAACCACAUCGUGGGGGGGCAGGCCAUCAAGGCCAUAGACGUGCUGGCGCGGGGGGAGACACCGGUGACACUGACGCAGUACAUUUUGGUGUUUGGAGCGGUCAACCUGAUCCUUGCCCAGUGCCCCAACUUCCACUCCAUCCGCUUUGUCAACCAGACCGCCACUGUCUGCACAAUCUCAUUCUCAAUCAUCGCAGUCGCACUCUCUCUGUACUCAGGUUUCACAAUGGAUCUGCAGCCAGACUACACAGUCCCAGGAGAAGGGGUGAACAAGCUCUUCAACAUCUUCAAUGGCCUGGGUAUCAUGGCUUUUGCUUAUGGAAACACCGUCAUUCCAGAGAUCGGUGCAACCGCCAAGGCGCCAGCCAUGCGGACAAUGAAGGGUGGCAUCAUUAUGGGCUACUGCACCAUUGUGUCUGCCUACCUCUGUGUCUCCAUUACUGGGUACUGGGCCUUUGGCAACGGCGUCAAGGGACUUGUUCUGGGCAGUCUCACAAACCCGGGCUGGGCUGUCAUCAUGGCCUGGGCCUUUGCUGCCGUGCAGCUCUUCGGCACGACCCAGGUGUACUGCCAGCCUAUCUACGAGGCCUGCGACAAGACCUUUGGCAAUAUCCUGGCGCCCACAUGGAACCUUAAGAACACAAUUGUCCGCCUUAUCUGCCGCACUGUCUUCAUCUGCCUCUGCAUCCUGGUUGGCGCAAUGUUGCCCUUCUUUGUGGACUUCAUGAGUCUGAUCGGUGCAAUUGGCUUCACUCCUAUGGACUUUGUGCUACCCCAAUUCCUGUGGAUCAAGGCCUACAAGCCAAAGGGAUUCUCAAAGUGGUUCUCCCUCCUGGUCGCUAUCAUCUACAUCAUUGUGGGCAUCAUGGCAUGCAUCGGUGCUGUCAGGAGCAUUGUCCUGAACGCAGUCAACUACAGCCUCUUUGCCAACCUGUGAGCUAGUCUGUAUAGUUUUGAAGGAGUUGCCGCGCCUCAUUUGGAGGGCUCUCAUGGAUCCUUUGAAAAAAGGAGCGUAUUCUUUGGGCUCCAGUAAUUGCACGAGCCAAGUUUUAUUAGGACUUUCCGCCAUGCGCACAUUACAUUGCCCAUCAGCCCACAUGGUGGCUGUAUACUGUACCGAUAAACUGAGCGCACUCAGUGCGAGAACGUCCAAUGGCUCUCUCACCUGAACAUCAUCAGACAAGGGGAGCAGUCUAAUUGUUUUGCAAGGUUUAGCAUCUGCUGCAUGGAUUGGCAAGCCCUUGCCAACCAAUGCAAUCGCAGCUCAAUUGGUAUUAUAUCAACAGGGAUUUGAAUCCAUGCCCCCUCGCUGUGCACAGCGGCGGCGAUGGAAUUCGUCGGCUGCCAUUACGCAGCCCAGAAUGAUCAUUGCAUUCAUUCGUUAGGCCCUGACAACCUAUGACAAAUUGUGUCCCAUUUUUUACUUUUUGCGGGUCUUAGCUCUUUCCCUGGCAAUUGAUGUGCUCCAUGGUUGUUGACAAGUUAGUACUGGGUUUUGGGAUAUGGGUCACCGAUUGGGUGGCCCUGGAGCGGGGCUAAGGAAUGUGCCAUGCUGGGACCAUGGACUGCAGCAGUAAUGUUUAGUGCUCAGUGAACACAGACGAGCUGUUUGCAAGAUACAGUUUGUAUAGUCUAUAAAGUCUGACCAGGACACGGAGAUGAGCACAUUGCCGUUGAAUAGAAAGUCGGGCCACUUUUGCAUCCCACACUUCUGCCAGUGUCUGCCAGUGUUCCUCGUUACAGAUGUCCUUCUGCUACAAUGGGUAUUCAUAAUC